AUAUGCUGGCCAAAGAUCAUAAUAAAACUUGGGUUAGUGUGGCAUAAAGGGAAUAUGUAUGUAUUUAAGAUCUUUUGAUGCCUGUUUACAGAUCAAUGGUCAGUUGUCACCUCGUCUCUUUCGUAAGCUACCACCCAGGGUUUGUGUGUCUCUGAAGAGCAUUGUUGAUGAACAUUUCCUAUGUGCUGGACACAUUUUCCUUGGGUUCUCUAAGUGUGGAAGAUACGUCUUGUCUUACACUAGCAGCAGUGGAGAUGACGAUUUCUCUUUUUACAUCUACCAUCUCUAUUGGUGGGAGUUUAAUGUUCACAGCAAACUAAAAAUGGUCCGCCAGGUCCGAUUAUUCCAGGAUGAAGAAAUCUAUAGUGACCUUUACUUGACUGUAUGUGAAUGGCCCAGUGAUUCCUCUAAGGUCAUCGUUUUUGGUUUCAAUACCCGUUCAGCCAAUGGCCUCCUGAUGAACAUGAUGAUGAGUGAUGAAAACCAUAGAGAUAUCUAUAUCAGUGCAGUGGCUAUGCCUCCUUUUAUGUACUGUCCCAGUUGCCGAGACAUGGCCAUUGCACAUCCAGGUGACCCAAAUGCCAAAUGUUUGCAGCAUGGAUUCAUGCUGCACAUGAAGUACCAGGUGGUGUAUCCUUUCCCCACGUUUCAGCCAGCAUUCCAACUCAAGAAGGACCAAGUGGUGCUGCUUAACACCAGCUAUUCUCUAGUUGCCUGUGCUGUUUCUGUGCAUACGUCAGAUGACAGCAACUUCUGCCAAAUUCUUUAUGACAGGAGUCGCCAGACCCGGGCCCCUGUUGUGGAAGUGAGCCACACAUCCCUUAUCUCACAUUGUCCUGCAGGCUUAGAGAAAGAGUUGGAAAAAGACAACUGCUCUUGCCAGAGUGAGACUCCAUUGACACAGCCUCUUGCUGUACCUCCACAGGACAUAGAUACCCACGUUUCACCUGCUGUAGCUAUGGCAAAGGAAUUUGUUGCAGACAUCUUCCGAAGGGCCAAGGAAGCCAGAGGCAGUGCACCCGUAGAAGAAGCAACGGCAGCAGGCAAUGGACUCAAGUGCCUCCUUGACUCUGGGGCUCUAGGCCAGGAUACCUUAGGCUCUUGGGACCUGAGGAAGACUUUGGAAUCUUGCUUACAUGGCAGUGUUGCUCAUAGUUCUACAUCGUCUACUGCAACCAGUAGCAUUUCUGAUAUAGGGAGCUCCCCCAAAGAAUCUUUUAUAGCCAAUUUUGAACUGGAAAGUCUGCCAGCUGAGCCAGGCUAUGUGAACUAUACCAAACUGCGCUAUGUCCUGGAACCCAACGAUUUUUCUGAGGCAGAGGAUGAAUAUGAGGAUGACAAAAUCUCCUUGCCAUUUGUUGUGACAGACCUCCUAGGAAGAAAUUUGAAGCUCUUAAAGGAGAAGGCCAUUUGUGAGGGCCAAUAUUUAACAGUGGAGCAGCUGACUUUGGAUUUUGAAUAUGUUAUUAAUGAAGUGAUUCGAAAUGAUGCUUCAUGGUCCAAGCAGUUUUGUUCCUUCAGUGAUUAUGACAUUGUCAUCUUGGAGGUAUGUCCAGAAACCAAUCAGGUCAUCAUCAAUAUUGGACUCUUGCUGCUAGCAUUUCCUUCUCCAGAUGAAGAGGGACAGCUCAGACCAAAGACAUAUCACACCAGCCUCAAAGUGGCAUGGGAUCUGAAUACUGGCAUCUUUGUCACUGUCAGUGUAGGUGAUCUCACAGAAGUCAAAGGACAGACCAGUGGCAGUGUAUGGAGCUCCUACCGGAAAAGCUGUGUGGAUAUGGUAAUGAAGUGGCUUGUACCAGAGAGCAGUGUUCGCUAUGUCAACAGAAUGACCAAUGAAGCCCUUCACAAAGGUUGCUCGUUAAAAUUCCUAGCAGACAAUGAGCGCUACACAUGGAUUGUCUUAUGAAAUCUGAUUCAGAAGCAAAACUCACAUCAAUUGUUCAUUUUUUGCCAUAACUGUAUAUGUCCAAUUCAACUACCUCUUUGUUAAACAUUUUUAAUUUUUCCCUUUCUUUAGAGUAAAUGUUGCCCAGAUGAUCUUGGAAGCAUUAGAUUUUGUGAAUAGAAUCACCUCCUCUACUUUCUUGUUGCUCUGGGGGGGGGGGUAUGUGAAGAAGCGAGGUUGCUUGAGAUUCUGAAAAACAAACUUUUCCUUGCAGACUAGGAUUAUUGUUUGCGAUGGCUCAACUUCAACUGAUUUAGAAAAAGCAAAAAUUAGCUAUUUAACCUUCUAUAGUAAUCUGUAUUUGGUGAAGCUACAAAGAAUAGGUGGGAAUAUCCUGUAAGAUUUGACUCCCUCUAAUGCAAGAACAAAUUAUUCCAAGGCAACAAUAUUGUUUAAGGAGACCAAAUUCCUUUCUUCUUUCAGUGUCAUUUUGUACUUGUUAUUUUGUCUAUUUUUUUUCUUCCUAAAUGUAAAUGCCAUCCCACCUCACAUACCUAGUGGACUGAUUACAAAUGUUUUCUCUCUUUUCUCUCCAGCAGGUCUUAUUUCCUGCAAUAAAUAUUUUAAACAGACUAACUCUUGUUGCUUCUUUUCUUUGAUGAAAAACUUAAUUGGAAUUACAGCAUCGCAACUGAGAAUUUUCACACAGGUUGACAUUAAGGGUUUACUAUCUGGAAAGUGUGUGCAAAUUUAAGAUACUUACUGCUUGCUAUAUAAGAACAUUCCAUAAUUCACAUUGGUUAUCAUAAUAUAUUCUUUUUUUCAUGGGUCCCUAGGUGAUUUGUCCUUGAUUAGAUUUGCCCAGUUUGAGCAAGGGGUUUCUGAAUUGUGUGAUUUCAGAUUGUGUAAAUAAAUAUAAUUAUAAAUAUUUUCUCAUAAUAUCCAAGAUAAUGUUGUCUUAAAAGAUGGGAGGAUAAUUAAAAUUCAGGAUGGGUGUGAAAGGAAGCAUAAUUUCCCUUUCACUGGCAGCCUUCACUUUGAAUCAGAGGUAAUAGUCCUCAUGAAUAGAAUUCAUAUAUUAGCAAAAAAUACCACAAUAGCAAUAGUACUUAGAUUUAUAUACUGCUUCACAGUGCUUUACAGCCCCCUCUAAGCAGUUUACAGGGUCAGCAUAUUGCCCCCAACAAAUUACUAUAGUAAUUUCAGGCCCUAAGAAGUUUAAGUGUGUUUCACUUUACAGUUAUUAUGAAUAGCAGCCUUUUUAUAUAAUUCCAAUAGAAACAUACUUGCCUGAAAGCCUCUGAUUUAAAAAAAAAAUUGCAAAAACUAUACAACAACUGAGAAAUAGCAAAAGGAAGCCAAAUGGCAUCUGAUUGUCUCAGAAAAAAAAUCCUUUAAGGCUAUGCUCAUUCCAUUUGAAGUAGCUAUGUAAAACAUCAAUUGUAUUCAUCCUAUUUAAGUAGCUCUGCUGGGAUGGGGCACCAGGAGAUGAAUUUUUGAACAUGACUUCAGAUGUGAAAUGGAUUUAUUCCUUCUUGCUAUUUGUUGCCUCUCUAAAUUGUAUGAAGGGUGGAAUAUAGCUCUGACCCUUAGAUCUGCAGUUCCCAAACCCUGUAGUAUGGCACUACAGCAAACUCGCAGGGCAGCAUAAGAUACUUAAUAAAUGGAACUGUUAGGGAGCUUGCUACAGCAUCCAGAGCACUGUGAACCAGGAAAGUUUGGGAACAUCCAAAAGUUCAUCCAAGUGAUAGAACCUAUGUUGGGAUUGCCAAGCAGAUUCCAAUUUUGCACACAAGGGCUGAAAUGUGAACUCAUUUUUGCAAUAGUAAGCAAGCAGCAUCCUAGGCAAAGAACACGGCUGAAUUUAUUUCUUAAGAAAGAACUACAAAAGGUAGAAAACAGCUGUUGCACUCUAGACUACACACACAUACAUCAUCUGACCACAGGCACUGCCCAUCUCAUGGACCCAGGACACCUACAAAGCUCUUCAGACUCCACUUGAAGUCUAUAGAACAGCUAAAGCUGCUGCUGUUGCCGCCGCACAAAAGAUUGACACAAAAUAUAAAUUUUUGUACAAUAUGUAGAUUUUGCAAUAAACAUCUAUAUCACAGGUUUAAAACACUGGAAAAAUUGAACAAAUAAGGCCAUGAUGGUUGAAAAACCCAAAAAUAUCAAGUAAUUUAUCUUCACCAAUCUCACAAUAUUUAGGUGGUUUAUAGAACAAGAAUUAGUUAUUACAUAGAAAAGCACAGAUAUUUUUGUUUAAAACUAGAAUAUCUAAUAUUCAGUUACAAACCAGAAAAGUGAUUACUUUCAUUAGAGUAGCAAGUAAUCAGAUCUGUUUGCUUAGUUACUAGCACAGAGAAGGAACUGGACUGGUUUGUGUGGGCUAUUAAAUAGACUCGGCAAGUAUUUCUGACUUGGCUUUGCUAGCAACUGUUCCUAGCUGCUCUGCAGCCAAUUUUCUUAGUGAAUGGAGAUAAUCCUCGUUCAGAGGGAAAGGAUUUUGUUGUGUAAGGCAGCAACUGAAUACAAAGGUAAGCUUAUUCAUGUUGUUGGUCUUGUGUGAGUGGUGGAUCCAGCAUUAUGCAGUUUAUAGAGAGGGAAUAUCUAGCUCACAGAAGCAAGAUUUUUGCAAACAACUAGAUCCAUUUUCUUUACCAGAAUUGGGACUGUCAUAAAGCUAAAUGUCAAUCUGCAUAUAUUUCAGAGAGCAAGGAUUGGGGAAACGUUGGAACAGAGGAAUCUAUUUCUCAAAACCCGAUUAGUGCUUGUCCUUGUAGAUAUCAUUGGUUAUACUGUUGGAGCACAAAACAUACUAUUUCACUGAUGGAUAUACUCAUACAUCCAACAAACCAAGGUAUGCACACGUCCAGAACAACAGAGUUGAAAUUUUAGGUUUGCCACAAGAAACGUAACUGUAGAAACCAUGGAUACUACCCGCUGCUUUGCUACAAAUUGUUUAUGAAAAUGAUAGUUCAGCCAGAUAGGGGAAUUAAGGUGCUUCUCGGAAAGACUGGGUUCUUAUGCUAGGGGGUAUUUAUUGGCCCUGGCACCUCUAGUAAAGGCAGGGAAGGGAGAAUUUUUCUAUCUCACUUCCAUCUUGCAAAUAUUAUCUAGGCUGUAAUUCAAAACUAAGAGGUCCUUUUGUACAAAAAGAUUCCUUGAAGGCAGCAUUUUGCUUCUGGAGCAAAGCAAAAAGGUCCAAACGUGUGUUUUCCCUCUAUUCCCUUUCAAGAUUGUGCCGCUUUACAACUUGGGCUACUAUGUUAAAGACAGCUUUGCGCUAGAAAUAGCUUUGUUAGACUUACAUAUUUAAGAGGGACUACAAGGUAAUAAGUUUAUGUUCAGUGCCUGAAACACAUUUGAUUUGCUGUAGCAAAAGAAGUUGGACAGAAAAUAACUUCAUGAGUAGAAUCCAAAAGAAUCCUGGUGUUCUAAUGUCACGUGCGGCUAAGGAAGCGACAUUUGUUUCAUUGGAGCUUAUCCUGGACUGGAAGCAGUUGGAGCAGCUGCUUGCAUAUUUAACUGAAGAUGGAAAUAAAGACACUUAAAAAAUGGGUUUCUUUCAUUAUGACUUCCACUGUGAAGAGGUGUCCUAAGGAGGAAUAGCAACUAGAGGCCUUUUGCAUGCAGCACAUAGUCUUCAUAGGCUUAUUUUCUUGCUCAGGGAAUUUAGAUUAACUCAGGCUGAUAGCUAAUUUCUGGUUUAUCAGACUGAGUGUUUUACAUGGAAGCUUGGCCUAAAUGUGUAGCAUGUAGACAUGGGCUAAAACCUAAGAUACUGUUUUUACUCGCUUACUCCUCCCAUCAGUAUCAUUUAAAAGCCUACAGAUUUUUCUUUUGACAGUCAUAGCUAAAAGACUUCUGCAAGGGAAUAUUACAGUAGUAUCAUUAAUUUGGAUUCAAGGAUCAGUGGCUAUUAGUGCUUAAAUAUGUUCUCUAGAAAGCACACAAUCACCAAAUUAUUUUCACAGAGAUGCAUAUACUUAAUUUACAUAAUUUUUAAGAUUUAGUAAAAAAGUGAAGAAUGGCACUGUAGUAAUUUUGCUCAGCUGCAAAAUAAAAUAGCAUUUGCUGCUAAUGGAACCCAAGUCUUCAUGCUUAAUUCUAAACAGCUGUAAAGUAAAAACAGUUUUGGUUGGUAAACUAUGAAUACAGUUGACUUAUAUGACCAUUUGUGUUAUCCCCUCACAAAUAGGAAGGUAAUCUGCAUUGCUGAUCUUUGCUUAUGGUUUUGUAUUUAUACCCCUAUUAUUUUCUGGUCUAUUUAGCUUCCUAUUUCUCAGCAGGUUGGUAAUGAUUUUGUGUAUCAUUUCAACCAGUGUAGUUUCUGUUGCAUUCUCUGUUCUAGUUAUUCUGCAAUAAGGUAAUGGUGGGCUAAUAGAAGUUUAGGUUGAGUUGAGUAAGCACCCUGUUCCAUAGUUGUGUAGAUUCAGCAGUUCCUAUACCCACUUACUAGCUUAUUCCUGUGUAGCAGGCAAUCUUUGGACUACAAGCACUUGAAAAAGAAUUAACCCCUUCCAAUCACCAGCACUGUAAUGGCCUUAAGAAGGCAAUAGUGGAGUGAAUGUUUCUAAACACUGUUUCUUGGUCAAUAGAAGGGCAGCCCCAGCAUCUGCCAAGGCUAAGUGUAUUUUUAGUGCCACUAGCUUUACAAAGUAAGGCUUGAAAAAUAAAAGGUAUUAGCAAAACAGGUUGAGUUAGUUAUGUUUGAUGUGCUAGCAGAGUUCAAAAAUGGCUUACUUAGGCUGGCUUCAUGCUAAUACCAUGGGAUUUCCUGACAUGUCUCAGAUAAUAUCAGAAUCUGGCUAAAAGUUGCAAGUGUAUCACAAUAAUCAGGAGAACACCAAAAGUCUGAAAGCUGCAUACAAAAACUGUAUUCAGGGAUGAUAACGCAUAUGAAUGGAACGCUACUCCUGCUUGCCACCUUGCUCCCCAAAAGUAGGGAAAAGUAGAAGCAGAAAGAUCUUGCAGCAGAACUUCAAGUGUACAUUAAGCAUCUAUAAAUUUAGAAAUAUUUAAUACGAGGCUGAUUUUUUUAACGUAACAGUGGGCUUGGGAUGAAUUGUCCAAGAGAAAUUAGCACUGGACAAUCUAAGCAGCUGAAGAAUUAGAAUGAGCUCUAUUAGAAAAUCUAGAGUGGCAGACACAAUUUCAAGACGUAUCAAUUGAAACCAUGAUGCUGAAAUCUUUUUUCCUCUUAAAAGAAAAUGUAACUAGCUAGAAUCUUGCUGGAUCAGAAAGAUAGAUAUAGCAGAUGGCACUUGUCCUAGUAAUGAUCAUUACGUAUACAUCUAUGGCAAACCCAACUUGGAUACAAUUACAGCUGCAGAGUGCACGCUGCCCUAUUCCAAAUAACAUUGCACCAUUGAAUAGCUGAAAGCCCAGUUGCAUAUACUGCACUGAGAAAAUCCUCUUAUAAAUUCAGCCACUGCCACAGAAAGCUUCAAGAAGUCAAUGCUGAUUAUUACACAGAAACUUCCACUCAAGCUGGAAUAAUUCUUGCAAAUUCCUGCCCUAUACCCAAGCAUUGACCAUCACUCUCCAAGCUUCUGGAAAUCCAAACUCUUGUGUCCAGCAGCCUUGAGUAGUAUAAGACAGAUGCUCAGCAUCAAGGAACAGGCAGACACAAGGAGUUUCCCACAAUAUAAUGACAUUCAACCUGAUCCAACUAGUGGACGGAAUGACUCACCAAGAAUCAGUUUCAAUGGCUCAACUAACUCAGGUGUGCCAGAGACUCUGCAUAUCAUACUUCUGCCAAGAGGCAGAAAAGGCUAGGCCCUUGGUAAACCUGGGCCAAUUUUAUAAUCCAAAAGCAUGGGUUUUAUGCAUUCCCAGCAGCAUAAUC